AUGAGAUUCAUCGUCAUUUUCAUCGCGACUGGCAGCCUGCUGGCAGGCCUGCCGAACUUUGCGCACGCUGCGCCUCUGAAGGUGAGUCUAGAGUGUCGACCUCUCGCACACGACACCGCUCAAUGUCUCUGGUAUCCCUGCAGGGCUGUCUGGGCUGCUUCGAAGGCACCAGCUCUCAUCUUUCCGAGGCCGCGCAACACGGCUCGCCCGAGCACGUGGGCGUGGCAGACAUGCAUCACGAAUACCUAAGCUCCAGCGACAUUCACCGUACCUAUGCUGACCCGAAUGAAGACCCACUCAGGCUAUACGGGCUUCCAGCGUUUCAAAGGGAGCCAAAUCAUGGUGAAGCGGAUGCUCAGAUGCAUGGCGGCAACCUUGUGUUCGGUCCAAGUCUCAUAUCCGGAAGUGGCCGCCGUAGAGAGGUCAGGGCGCACUUUGCGACGCCCGGAACCGAGUGGAAGUACAAGGGCACGUAUUUGAAGCAAAAGAAAGGACCGAAUGUGGGACUCAGGGUGCCAGUGUCGAAAGAUGACUUGUUCUACGAUGCAACACAUGGUGGUGGCGUCGUGGGAAAGAUCCACCUUCCAAAGGAAAUGAAGAAUCAAAAAGGUCUCUACGACAUCACGAGAAACAAUGUCCCGGCGUUUGGCACCGCUAUGCGACCCAACAGCGACCAAGCGCACGACGCUAUGCGAGAUAUGCGAAAUGCUCGUCCAUCUCCUUCCUGGCACUCGCCCUACUCUUGA